AUGAAAGUACUGUCGCAACUGCUGGGAAGAUACUCCAACAACCACAAACCGCUGAUUUUGUUUCGUCUGCCAGAUACAGACAUAUUGUUCUAUCGGCUAUCCGACAUUGAACCCAUCUUCAAAUUACCGCCUUUAUCCUACAAGAAACUAGCAUUCAAAAACUGCUAUCGCGACAAUGAAGACACCUAUCUCAACACCCAAGUGCUAUCAGACAUUGCAGGCCAAUUCAAUAGACACUUGCUCGCUGAAUUAUGUAAAUUAAAGCCAAACGACUACAAUGUGGGUUUGGCAGAUGCGAUCCUUCAGACGUUUCCUGAAUUCAAAAGAGCUCCCAAAGAAGAACACAUUUGGGAAUCAGUGCAAUUGCCGUUGGAGAAUCUAGAGGAUAUCAUUGAUAGAGAGGUAAAGACAGAGCCAUCGUCACCACCGUCUGUGAAUCAGGUUAUUCCAGAGACAACAAGAGGCCAGAAUGCCAUGGCGUUGGACAAAGUGUUGCUCAACACGAGUGAGCUUAGAAGACAGAGUGCUUUGGACUUGGAGAAGCCUGCCAAGAAGCAAAAGACAUCCAACGGGCCCGAGCGUGAAAAGAGACCUCACUCUUUAUCUGCAGUAACAACAGCAACCACUUCUGCAGCAGCAACUGGCACAAAGCACAUUCGCAAAUUACACUCGUAUCCACCCAUCAUCAACCAAGAUCAAACACCUCAGCAGCCACAGCAACAACAGCCCAGUGAUGGUGCUAUGGUUUCUAACAAAAAGCGACUCUCCAUCAAGCAUAAGAAUGCUCUCAAUCUCACCAUUUUCGCUCCUUCUUACAGCGAACAACUCACAGGCGUACGAUCUGCACCAAUUAACUCUAAUUUCAAUAAAUCAGCACAGCCACAACAUCAAUUGCAGCAACAACAACAUCACUAUCAACAGCAUCAGCAGCACCCACACCAUCAUCACCAGCAACAGCAGCAACAUAAAUAUGCUGUAGGUUCAUCUCAUCUCGCUCCAGCUUCUGCUACCAUCUCCAGGCCUCCUUAUCAUCAUCAAUCAUCGCCCAGAAGACAUGAAUUUGCCAUCCCUCCUAUUGUGCCCUCUCAGCAGCAGCCACCUCACACCGCACAUCCUACAAGCAGAGAAAACAUAUCUUAUCAACAGUACAUGGCAUCCCCAUCAUUGUACGGAAGUCAUCCUCAUAGCAAACCCCAUCCACCACCACCACCUCCAACCACGUCUGUUGCUGCUGCUGCUGCUGCUGCUGCUGCUGCUGCUGCUUAUAGUCAUGUACAAACCAAGAGAAAUUAUGAAUCGCAACCACAGAUUGCAGUAACAGCUGCAAGUGUGCCUUUGCCACCAAAGACACCUACUACCAACUCUUUUGCAGCCCUUCAACGUCAACAAUAUUUACAGCCUUUCGAGCAUUUAUUUGAUACCAUUGAAACCACCCGCACAUUGAAAUCCACAUUGGACGAUCAAAUCAGACGAUCCUCCUCACUCAUGCAGACAUUGCAAGCAUCAGCAACCACGAUUGAAGGAUUGGUCAGAAAUCAGGUCAAGGAAGCACAAUGGGAAAUGAUGACACAGAUGGAACAAACCGUGGAAGGGCUUGUGCGUCGUAUUGAGGCUAUUGAGAACCGUCUGGACCGUGCUUCUGCUCAUCAGAACACUACUGCUAACUCGACUCUGACAAGCACCAAGAGCCACAAGAGAUUACCUGAACAACACAACUCGGCAUCGCUACCAUCUCCUUUACCCAGCGCUACGACAAAAGAGGAACGUGCAGCAGCUGAGGAUUUAGUUGCUUUCUCAGAGAAAAGAAGAGAGAAUUAUCACCAGCCUCCUGCCUCGCUCUCAUCGUCGGAUGAGCUUCAAACACCUCCUACCAUUGUUCGAUCUCAAAACGACAUUGGACCUCAGGAAUAUCACAACAUGUUGAACACGUUGAGGGAUCGUCUUGAUCGUUUAGAGAGACAAAUUGAAACAUAA